AUGAAAUUUUUCAAAUUUCCAGGCCCAGCCUGCUGUCUUCAUGGAUGGUUUGGUCUGGAAAUGUUCUUCAAGAACGAUGGUGCAAUGGUGGAGCAGCUCUGUUUGGUUGGUGGUGGUGUGGUGUGGCAGGUACGACUUCGGCCCUGUGCAGAUUUGGUGGCAGUCAACCAUCUUCAUCAAUUUGCUCUUCGACCUUCGUCUACCGUGAUGUGUGCAACAUGGCUGGUUCAAUAUGGUCAAUGGACAUGGAGAAUAUGGACAAGGAUUUGGUUGGUAAAACGGUGUGGUGCUCGACAACAGUGGUGGCUCAAACUGGUGGCAAACAUGGUCUUCAACAACAUGCUUGGUACGUUUCAACCAUUUUUAAAAAUAAAAAAAUUUGCUAAAAAUGCGCACGCGUCUCCUGCUUUCCUCACACUUGUUUUUUUUGUUGUCCUUGUCCUUUGUCUGAUUUUUCUUUUCACCAUUUUUUAACUUGUUUUCAGUUUGUUGAUUGGAUUUCAGGUUUUUUCAAUUUCUGGCAGAACAACUUCAUG